GUCCUUUCCUCCCCACUUCACAGGCCACGACAGGUCGUUUUGUUUAGCUUAACCGGCCAAGCAAUUCUUCUCAACUUCAAUUUGAGUUUCAAUCAGAAUGGGAAACAAUAAGCAGAGACGGUUCAAGACCCAUCACCACUCUCAUCGGGGUGGAGCUGCUGGUGCCCAGUCCAGUCGAACCCAUCAACCACUUCACCCAACUUGGAAUGAUGAGUCUUUACCGAUUGACCCAGAAGGGAAUGCUGAUGAAGCAGCAGUGCCAGCAGGUCCUACAAUUCAGCUUGCUAUGUGGGAUUUUGGCCAGUGUGAUGCGAAAAAGUGUACGGGGCGCAAGCUUGCAAGAUUUGGUUUGUUGAAAGAGUUGCGUGUCGGUAGUGGUUUUGGCGGCAUUGUCUUGAGUCCUGCUGGGGUGCAGUGCGUCUCAAGAGAAGAUCAACCGUUAAUUAAUAAGAAAGGAUUAGCUGUUGUUGAUUGUUCUUGGGCACGUCUGGAUGAUGUACCUUUUGCUAAGCUGCGAUGUGCUGCUCCUCGCCUUUUGCCAUGGUUGGUAGCAGCAAAUCCAGUCAACUAUGGUCGUCCAUGUGAGCUAUCUUGUGUUGAAGCACUUGCUGCAGCUUUAAUCAUAUGUGGUGAAGAGGAAACUGCAAAUAUAUUGUUAGGCAAGUUCAAAUGGGGUCACGCUUUCUUGUCCCUCAACAGAGAGCUUCUGAAGUCAUACUCGGAAUGUAAAAAUAGUGCGGAUAUCAUUUCAGUCCAAAAUGAUUGGCUGUCCCAGCAAAGCUCGCAUAUUACUAGGACUUCCACAAAUGCUCAAGGGGAAAAAGUUGAACCUUCUGAAGAGGAUGAGGGCUCAUCUAAUGAUUCUGAUGAUGGGCUUCCACCACUUGAACGAAAUAUGAAUCAUUUGUACUUGGAUGAUAGUGAUAAAGAAGAAAGUGAGUAACCAGGAGACUGCUUUCCUUUUCUUUCUUUGAUGAGGGACAUAGAGAACUUUGAGCAUGUGAUGCAUUCAGGAAUCAAAGAGCUUGCAGCUGUAUUUUGUCAUCCUGCAGCAGUACUGAACAAGUAGAAAAUCUUUCAUGUCAUGCAAGUUAGGAUUUUACAUGCUAUCUGGGUUUUUUGCCCCUUGUAAAAUUCUAGUUUAGCGUGUUUUUGGGAACAUUGUGUUCUAUUUCAAUUUUGCAGGCACUCUUUCACA